AUGAACCCCAAGGUGAAUGAUCAUGCUUGGAACUCUCUCUGGACAGAGAAAAAACAAUACCUGGCCAAGCAAUUUACAAAAUGUGAGCUGUCCCAGGUGCUGAAAGACAUGGAUGGCUAUGGAGGCGUCACUCUACCUGAAUGGAUCUGUAACAUAUUUCAUAUCAGUGGUUAUGACACACAAACCAUAGUCAAUAACAAUGGCAAGACAGAAUAUGGACUCUUCCAGAUCAAUAAUAAACUUUGGUGCAGGGACAAUCAGAUACAGUCAAGGAACAUCUGUGACAUCUCCUGUGAUAAAUUCUUGGAUGAUGACAUUACUGAUGACAUGAUUUGUGCCAAGAAGAUCCUGGAUAGUGAAGGAAUUGACUACUGGUUGCCCCAUAAGCCACUCUGCUCUGAGAAGCUGGAACAGUGGCUCUGCGAGAAGUUGUGAGCACCGACUGUCCUUGCUUCUGUUCUUAUUCUGCUUCCGGAACUCCUCUUCCCCAAAGAUACCCCAGUUUGCAUCUUUCUACUCACUUGAAGCUAAUUUGUCUUUGAGACCUGUGCCCUGUAGUAACACCAUUGGACACGUGAGGACAAUUCUCUAAGGAUAUGUGAC